AUGAAGGUAAAAAUGAUAAGCCGUAAUCCGGACGAAUAUGUCCGUGAAACAAAACAUGAACACCACAAAUUACCUCGUAAUUACGAUCCUUCUCUGCAUCCAAUGGAAUCGGCCCGUGAAUAUGUUCGCGCCUUAAAUGCCACCAAAUUGGAAAGAGUAUUUGCCAAACCAUUUGUUGGCAAUUUAAGUGGUCAUCGUGAUGGUGUAUCGUGUUUUGGUAAACACCCAAAACGUUUGUCAACCUUGACGAGUGGUGCGUAUGAUGGUGAGGUGCGGGUCUGGGAUUUGGCAAAUCGUGAAAGUGUCCGUAGUUUUGUGGCUCAUGAGGGAUUUGUGCGUGGUAUCUGUUACGAUGUUUCGGGAGAACGUUUCUUCACUGUGGGCGAUGAUAAAAAUAUCAAGGUAUGGAAUUCAAAUGCACCCGAUGUUGGUGAAGAUGAAGAACCGAUAAAUACGAUACUAAGUCGUACCAUGAUAACGGGUAUAACACAUCAUCGUAAAGAACCGAAAUUUGCAACAUGUGGUGAAUAUUGUUCCAUUUGGGAUGAGAGUAGAAAUGAUCCACUGAAGAAUUUGAAAUGGGGUGUUGAUACACUACAUGCAGUGGCUUUUAAUCCCGUGGAGACAUCAGUGUUGGCUUGUUGUGGCAGUGAUCGUUCAAUUAUAUUUUAUGAUCAACGUGAAGCGAAUCCCGUAAGGAAAAUGGUAUUGACAAUGAAGAGCAACAAAUUGGCAUGGAAUCCCAUGGAGGCAUUUAAUUUUACGGUGGCCAAUGAGGAUUGCAAUUUAUACACCUUCGAUACCCGCCAGCUGAGAAAUCCUCUCAAAAUCCACUUUGAUCACGUGUCCGCCGUCACCGAUGUCGAUUAUUCUCCAACCGGUAAAGAAUUCGUCUCUGGCAGCUACGAUAAAACCAUACGCAUCUACAAUGUCCACCAAAGUCAUUCACGUGAUAUUUAUCAUACAAAACGUAUGCAACAUAUUGUUUGUGUUGCAUGGUCAUUGGAUAACCGCUACGUAUUUACCGGUUCCGACGAGAUGAAUAUACGUAUGUGGAAAGCUAAAGCCGCCGAGAAAUUGGGUGUUAUACGUCCUCGUGAACGUGUUGCAUUCAAUUAUCAGGAAGCUUUGAAAGAGAAAUAUGCCGCUCAUCCACAAAUUAAACGUAUUGCUAGACAUCGUCAAGUACCACGUCACGUGUUGAAUUCACAGAAGAAAAUGCGUGCCGUUAAGGAUAAGGAAUUGCGUAAGGAAGCUAAUGUCCGUAAUCAUUCGAAACCGGGCACCGUGCCAUUUGUGGCGGAGAAAAAGAAGGCUGUACUAAAAGAGGAGGUGUGA